AUGAUCGACAAGGUCUUUCUCCAGCAAGAACGAUUGAUCAAGAAGUAUCAGCGCAGACGAGGGUUGUCAUCGAUUGAAGUAGAUGGUCUCCACAGCCUCCUGACUGGCCUGGUUGGUCGAAGAGCUAGGGUCCAGGAGCUUGCACAAGACGCGCAGUCUGUUGAACUUUCGUACUUUCUCAACAAGUUGAACAAUCUCCUUGACAUGAAGCAGAAGCAAGGAAAUCUGCACAUGGUUAGGGAUACACGCAGACGAGCUCUGGAGGGCGAGGGGCAAACCAAACUUCUCUUCGUCUUCACCAUUGUGACAGUCAUUUUCGGGUGA